AUGAGCGACAUAGUGGAGAAGACGUUGACGGCGCUGCCGGGGCUCUUCCUGCAGAACCAGCUGGGUGGUGGCGCCGCGGCGGCCAAGACCUCCUUCUCUUCGCGGCUGGGUAGCCUCGUCCGCGGCAUCACUGCCCUCACCUCCAAGCACGAGGAAGAGAAAUUAAUCCAGCAGGAACUGAGUAGUCUGAAAGCAGCUGUUUCUGCACCUACAACAACACUGAAAAUGAUGAAGGAAUGUAUGGUAAGACUUGUAUAUUGUGAAAUGCUUGGAUAUGAUGCUUCCUUUGGCUAUAUACAUGCUAUCAAGUUGGCACAACAAGGAAACCUCUUUGAAAAGAGAGUAGGUUAUUUGGCAGUUUCUUUAUUCCUGCAUGAAAAUCAUGAACUGUUGCUUCUCCUUGUGAAUACAGUUGUAAAGGAUUUACAGAGUACUAAUUUGGUAGAAGUAUGUAUGGCGCUUACUAUCGUCAGCCAGAUCUUUCCUCGAGAAAUGAUUCCAGCUGUUCUUCCAUUAAUAGAAGAGAAACUGCAACAUUCUAAGGAAAUCAUACGAAGAAAAGCUGUUCUGGCAUUAUACAAAUUCCAUCUCAUUGCUCCAAAUCAAGUACAACAUAUUCAUAUUAAAUUUCGGAAAGCGCUCUGUGACAGAGACGUUGGAGUCAUGGCUGCCUCCUUGCACAUAUACCUGAGGAUGAUCAAGGAGAAUCCAUCUGGCUAUAAAGACUUGACGGGGAGUUUUGUAACAAUUUUGAAGCAAGUAGUUGGAGGAAAGCUCCCAGUAGAUUUCAAUUACCACAGUGUGCCAGCACCAUGGUUACAAAUUCAGCUCUUGAGAAUACUCGGACUUCUAGGAAAAGAUGAUCAGAGGACAAGUGAAUUAAUGUAUGAUGUUCUUGAUGAAUCCUUAAGAAGAGCCGAGUUAAAUCACAAUGUCACAUAUGCUAUUCUAUUUGAAUGUGUCCAUACAGUCUAUUCUAUUUAUCCUAAAUCGGAAUUACUUGAGAAGGCUGCUAAGUGCAUUGGAAAAUUUGUCCUAUCCCCUAAAAUAAAUCUCAAAUAUUUAGGACUCAAGGCUCUUACCUACGUUAUCCAACAGGAUCCUAGUCUGGCCCUUCAACAUCAGAUGACAAUAAUUGAAUGUUUAGACCAUCCUGAUCCCAUUAUUAAAAGAGAGACUCUGGAACUUCUUUACAGAAUUACUAAUGCACAAAAUAUAACUGUUAUUGUCCAGAAGAUGCUUGAAUAUUUGCAUCAGAGCAAGGAAGAAUAUAUCAUCGUGAAUUUGGUUGGCAAAAUUGCGGAGCUGGCUGAGAAAUAUGCCCCUGGUAAUGCCUGGUUUAUUCAGACAAUGAAUGCUGUAUUUUCAGUGGGAGGAGAUGUAAUGCAUCCUGAUAUUCCUAGUAACUUCCUGAGACUGCUAGCAGAAGGUUUUGAUGAUGAAACAGAAGAUCAACAAUUAAGACUUUAUGCAGUUCAGUCUUACCUCACUUUACUAGAUGUGGAAAAUGUGUUCUAUCCACAGAAAUUUCUUCAAGUUAUGAGUUGGGUAUUGGGGGAAUAUUCCUACCUUUUGGGUAAAGAAACACCUGAGGAGAUUAUUGCCAAGCUUUAUAAGUUACUUAUGAAUAGCUCCGUUUCUUCGGAAACAAAAGCUUGGUUAAUUGCUGCUGUGACCAAGUUGACACCCCAAGCACAUUCAUCUGACAAAGUUGAGAAGUUAAUCCAAGAAUUUACCAUAUCUUUGGAUACAUGUUUGAGACAACAUGCAUUUGAAUUAAAACAUUUGCAUGAGAAUGUAGAACUUAUGAAGAGUGUGUUUCCAGUUGAUAAGAGUUGUGAAGACAUUAUGGUAGAUGCUUCGUUAUCUUUUCUGGAUGGUUUUGUGGCCGAAGGACUCAGUCAAGGGGCUGCACCUUACAAACCUCAUCACCAACGCCAGGAGGAAAAGCUUUCUCAGGAAAAGGUUCUCAAUUUUGAACCAUAUGGAAUCUCCUUUUCUUCAUCUGGUUUCACUGGACGACAGUCUCCUGCUGGCAUUUCUCUUGGUUCAGAUAUAUCUGGAAAUAGUGCUGAGACUGGUCUGAAAGAGACAAACAGCUUGAAGCUGGAUGGUGUCAAGAAAUUGUGGGGGAAAGAGGGCUAUCUUCCUAAGAAGGAAAAUGCCAUGGGUGAUGAAGCUGAAGCUCAGUCUAUUCCUCAAGAAAGUGUAAUGGAGAAUGUGGAUCAUACUGGAACAAAAAAGGAUCAACCGCAAGCACUUACACAGCAAUCCAAAGAGGAGAAAGAAAAGCAGCUACUAGCAUCAUCAUUAUUUGUUGGACUAGGAUCAGAAAGUACAAUCAGUUUGCUGGGAAAAGCAGAUACUGCCUCUCACAAAUUCAGAAGGAAAUCUAAAAUCAAAGAAGUAAAAAGUAGAGAAGCAACCAGUGCUCAUAAUAUGAUCAGCUCAUCCUUUAGUUCUUUGUCAAAUGCGUCUUAUGAAGAAGAUUAUUAUCUGGAUACUUUGCAGGAUAGAGGAGACAAAGAAUUAAAGACAUUUUCCCUUAAUUCAGAACUUUUGGAUUCUGAGUCAUUCACAGAACUGCACAUGGUUGAGAAACUCUCACAUUGCAACCUGUCUGCGCCUUCUUUGUUUGCUGACAACAGCUUGGAGGUAUUUCACCCGUCUCCAUCUACUGCAGCUUCAGUUGCCAAUGAAAUCUCUUUAGCUUCUUCUUUGUUGGAAGAACCUACGGAACACAUGCAUUCAGAUCCUGUGGAAGUCUGUAGUAAUGAAACCGUAUCAGUGUCUUCUUACAAAAUUUGGAAAGAUGAUUGUUUAUUGAUGGUCUGGUCACUUGCUAUAAAGAGUGGUUCAGAGUUGAAAAGUGCUAACAUAGAAAUUGCUCCUGCAGAAAAUUUCAAGAUCACUGACCAACUUGAAUGCUGUUUACCAAUAAAAGAAGAUGAAAGUACAAAAAAUUUUCAACAUAGUGUGCAAAUGGAAAAACCUAUUACAGAAGGAACUCUUUCUGGUUUUGUAAAUUAUCAAAUGGUGAAUAGUCAUUCUGUUCAGCUGGAGUUUUCAGUAACCUUAUCACUAUUAGAUUUUAUUAGACCUUUACAAAUCUCUACUGAAGACUUUGGCAAGCUUUGGCUAUCCUUUGCAAAUGAUGUGAAGCAAAAUGUAAAAGUGUCAGAAUCUCAAGCUGCUUUGCCUUCUGCCCUCAAGACCCUGCAGCAGAAACUCCGACUUCACAUUGUCGACAUUAUAGGCAGUGAAGGGCUGUUGGCCUGUAGGCUGCUCCCAUCCGUCCCCUGCCUGCUGCAUUUCCGAGUUCACGCCGACGUGUUAGCCCUGUGGUUCAGAUCCUCCUGCUCUGCUCUUCCCGACUAUUUACUCUAUCAGUGUCAAAAAGUGAUGGAGGGUUCCUAG